AUAUAAAAAAAAAAAAAAAACACACAGUAAGUCUGAUAGUAACCAGCAUCUAUCUAGUUAAGUUUUCAUAUCACUAUACGUACCAUAGUUGUACUCCGCCAUGAAAACUGUUCUGUUGAUUUUCCUUUUGCCUUUACUCGCUCAGCAAUGUGUGUUGGGUGAGGAGUCAGUAAAUUUUCCUGAUAGAAAUGCCAUCCUUCAUAGUAGUUCGGUGAAUGGCAUUGCUAUCAGUGACUUACAAAGUGCUGCCCAAGAUGGACUGCGAGAAAUUGAGAAUAUGAUUGAACUUGAAAAGCGACUAGUUUCUGACGGAUUGAUUUCCAAUAAAAAUAAAUGCCCGGGACGCAGAAACGUAUUAGAGAAAAAGCGCAGUUCUAAUCAGUCUCGACAAAAAACUGUUGAAGCUCUCGGCGUCGUUGAAGCAUCGAAAAAACUCAAAGAAAGGAUAAACUUAAAUGAGAACGAGGCUGGUAAAGUGCUGCCAAAAUUGUCGCUGAGGGAUACAGUCCUCGAGAAGACCUGUCCGGAGACAAUUGCCUGUCCUACGGUCAAUACAUACAGAUCAUUUGACGGUUCUUGCAACAAUCUAAUGCAACCGAGUUGGGGGCAACGUGAUACAAUUUUCCAGCGCUUGUUACCAGCUCAUUACGGAAACGGAAUCGAUUCACCUCGGCUGGCAAGUGACGGAAGCGAAUUGAAAAACGCACGAGAAAUUAGCUUUGAUACUAUACGGAUUUAUGGGCUCGACGAAACGGCUAAUGUCACCUUGGCUGUCAUGUCAUUCGGCCAGUUUAUUACGCAUGACAUAACUCUUUCGGAGGACUUUACAUUCGAAAAUGGAUCCAGCCCAGCCUGUUGCGACGCUCAAGGGCAACUACUUCCUCCCAACGACAUGCACCCCCAAUGCCUGCCUAUUGAAAUAGCGCAGGGAGAUCCAUUUUACACUUACGAUGGCAUCAACUGUAUGAGCUUUACUCGUUCCAAGGUUGGCCUGGAUUUGAGCUGCACCUUCGGGAUAGCCGAACAGUUAAACAGCAAUAGCCAUUAUUUGGACGGAUCUCAAAUUUAUGGAAGUGAUGUCACAACGUCGAAUGAUUUGCGUUCGGGAGUUGGUGGACUGAUGAAAAUGUCAAACGUUGAUGGCCGGGAAUUGUUUCCAAUUGCACCAGGAUGCGAAAACCAACCUAAUCACGAGCUGGCAGUGUGCUUUCAAGCAGGUGAUGUUCGAGUGGAAGAGAACCCUCAACUCGCAGCUAUCCAAUUGAUAUUUUUACGGGAACAUAAUCGCAUCGCCAAGGAGCUUCAAGGACUCAAUCCGCAAUGGGACGACGAAACCCUGUUCCAGGAAGCACGCCGAAUUGUGAUUGCUCAAUUGCAACACAUCACCUACAACGAAUAUCUUCCCUCACUAUUGGGCUCUCAAGUCAUGGCCGAUAGUGGAUUAGCACUGCCAUCCAGUGGUUACGGCAACGGCUACGAUGGGGCUAUCGAUCCGUCGGUAUCAAACGAUUUCACAGCUGCUGCAUUCCGCGUGACGCAUUCCUCUAUCCAAGGAUUUCUAUAUCUUCUCGACGCAGCUGAUCAGGAAGACACGGAGAGAAGUUUUUCGCUGAGUCAAUAUUUCUUCGACUCAUCCCGCCUUGUGGACGAUCCCGAAUUUCUCGAUUCCGCCCUACGUGGACUGACCAAACAACCACCUCAAGCUAUCGACGCUCUCUACAGCAGCGAAGUGACCUCCAAUUUAUACAUUGGCCAAAAAGCGUACGGGUCCGAUUUGGUUGCCAUCACCAUUCAGCGAGGUAGGGAACACGGCAUUCCAGGCUACAACCAGUUCCGCGAGUUUUGUGGAAUGCAAAAAGUUGAAUCGUUCGACGAACUGAUAGUCGAUUUUUUCCCUGAGAACAUCGACCUUCUCAGGGCCGCCUAUAAAUCCGUGGACGAUAUUGAUCUCUAUAUCGGCGCUCUGCUGGAAAACCACUUAAGCGUGUACCAAUCUGGGGCUCUAAUGGGCCCCAUUGCUCUAUGUAUUACGGCCAAUCAAUUUCAAAGAACCAAGAACGGCGAUCGCUACUUUUAUGAUAUUGGUGGCCAGCCCCAUUCGUUCACAUUAGACCAACUCAACCAGAUACGUCGGUCGAGCUUGGCUCGACUCAUUUGUGACAACAACGAUGGAUCGGUGACGAACAUGCAGCCACGCGCCAUGAUACAACCAAUUGAAACGAAUCAAAGAGUUCCGUGUGACUCCAUUCCGUCAAUGGAUUUGACUUACUGGAAAGAAAUCUAGUCUGUGCUUGCGUAAAAGACCUGGCUAUUUCUAUUUCAUCGACUUCACGACCUGCAACAUUUUAAUCUUUUAGCUGAAAGAAUACAUAUAUUACAGAUUCAA